AUGGAGGUAUUGACGCAACCUACAGACGCUCAAACAGCCUCAGACACGGUGCAGAACCAUCCAGCGUCCCAAAAUGUGAAAGAGACUCUAGGAAAUGCCACAGCAGCAGCCGAGGUUGCAGGUAAACUUGUACUCUCCCAAGGUCUUGCCUCGUCAUUUCGACCCAAGCGUUAUUAUACAAUUCCGCGUGAAGCUUUGGAAGCAUUCACAGAGGAUUUUGAACAUUUGAUCAAUUUCUUCUGCAUCGAAUUCCAACGUAUUCUCUUUGCCGAGAAUGUCACUCACACGGUCACAGCCUGCUCAGCAGCCUUCAUCUCGUACUGGUUGACAAAAAUCAUGCCACUUUGGGGUUUGUCUGUGCUUGGCGUCACGGUUGCGUUCUUGGGACCUCUCGUCUACAUAAACAACAAAGAGCUUAUCGACCACCACCUAGCUAAUGCCCAGGAGACCGUCACCGCCCAAGCAAACCAAGCGAAAGAGCUCGCUGGUCAGCAUACUGCUAAGUACUCUGAGACCGUGAAGUCUUAUGCUGGUGAUUACACUUCAAAAGCUCAGGGGUACAUUGGCUCCGCCCGUGGCCGUCCGCAAUCACCCCAAACUGCUCGCAAAUCCUCCUCCACAGCAGGUCCGGGCAGUGCCCCUAGCUUAAGCUCCCAAGAUUUCCCACAUGCCCCUAAGCAAGAGCCGACCGCCGGUGUCACUAGCCAUCAAGAGCAGUACCAAAAUAGCCAAUUUGGCGGGCAGGCUGUGCCUGCUUCUUGA